GCGGGCCGAAGGGGCCGGCGGGGCCCAAUGGGCGGCGGGAGCUGCGCGGCUGCGCACUGAGCGCUCGGGCGGCGGAGCGGCGCCGCGGGCCGGGGGCGGAGGGCGGCCGCCAUGGAGCAGGGCUACGGCGGUUAUGGCACCUGGAGUACGGGGGCCAGCAACACCCAAGGUACAUACGCGACGAACGCCCCAAGUUGGCAAGGCAUGGCGGCCAAGGAGAAUUAUGAGGGAUCUUCCUGGCAGACUUGGCAGUCGCAUUACGAGAGCCCUAGGACUGACAUAGCCAAGGGCGCGCCAGGCUAUGAAGGCUAUGACUACUACAACACCCAAACCACCGCCGCCAACACGGCGGCCACGUACAACUACGCCGCUGCCGCCACCUCCAGCACCUGGGAAACUCCCAAAACCUCGGAGAUGAGCAUGAACGCCGACGUCGGCUCCGCCAUGCCCGUCGCCUCGUACGGCAGCGAGACCGUGGCGAACGAGAACUCGGAUUCCAUCAUAGCCAAAAUAAACCAGCGCUUGGAUAUGCUGUCGAAGGAGGGCAGCGGCGGCACGGGGGAAGGAAUGGAAGACCAGGAGAGCUCCUUCAGGUUCGAGUCUUUCGAAUCGUACGACUCGAGGUCCUCGAUGAACGACCGCGACAUGUACCGGUCCGGCUACGACUACGGCGAGGUCGGCGCCGAUCGCGGCGAUUCCUUCGGGAGCCAGUUCGACGGCCGCAGGGAUCAGUCUCGCAACCGGGCCAACAACUACGGCCUCAUCCGAGGACGGGGCCAAAACCGCGUGCAGAACCGGGGGCGCCUGAACACUUUCAACCGCUCCGACCACUUCAUGCCCUCCUCGAGCUCGGAGCGCCUCUCCGCUCGCUGGAAUGAGUUGAACUACAUGGGUGGGCGUGGGAUGGGGGGCGCCGGCCCCAACAGGCUCCCCUCUCUCUUCUCCCAAGCCCUGGUCCCCGACUAUGGGGACUAUGGGGACUAUGGAGAUUAUGGAGAUUACGGUGACUACGGGGAUUAUGGGGAUUACGGUGACUACGGAGACUACGGGGACUAUGGAGACUAUGACUAUGGCAUGAUGGGGAUGUCGGGCAUGGGAACGGGACGGUACGGUAACGUGCCGUACGGAAUGGGGCGGCAGCGAAACAGAGACAGGAUGGGUGCGGUGCCCUGGCACACGAACACGCUCACGCCCAAGAGGAGAGGUUUCCGAAACCGUUCAGGAGGGCGAUCGGACAGCGAAGGAGGACGCAAGCGGAAGCAGUCCCAAAGUGGAGACGAGCCGGACAGCAAACAGGCAAAGACUGACAGCGAGGGCGACGACACCGAGAACGCAGAUGAGGGCGAAGGAGAGGAAAAAUCAGGAGAUGAAGCUGACAAAGGUGAGAACGGGAGCUGUGGUGACUUUGCAGAGGAAGCAUCUGGAGACGGCUGCGAAGACGAUGACGAAGAGGUGAAAAAGAAGAGGGAGAAGCAGCGGCGAAGAGAUAGGAUGCGCGACCGUGCCAUGGACAGGAUCCAGUUUGCCUGUUCUGUGUGCAAGUUCCGCAGUUUUGAGGAAGAGGAGAUCCAAAAACACCUACAGAGCAAGUUCCACAAGGAGACCUUGCGGUACAUCGGCACCAAACUCCCAGACAAAACAGUCGAGUUCCUGCAGGAAUACAUCGUCAAUAGGAAUAAGAAAAUUGAGAAGCGUCGCCAGGAGCUGACUGAGAAAGAGGGCACAAAGCAGAAGCCGGAUCCUUUUAAGGGUAUUGGCCAGGAACACUUCUUCAAGAAGAUCGAGGCGGCUCACUGCAUGGCCUGCGACAUGUUAAUUCCUGCGCAGAACCACCUCCUCCAGAGACACCUGCGAUCCGCAGAUCACAACCGAAACCGCAGGAUGGCUGCGGAACAGUUCAAGAAGACCAGCUUGCACGUCGCCAAGAGCGUCCUGAAUAACAAACACAUCGUCAAGAUGCUGGAGAAGUACCUCAAGGGCGAAGAUCCCUUCACAGACGAAAUCACUGACCAGGAUGUGGACGAAGGAGAAGCCUUGGAAGGCGGAGAUGGCGGUGGGGAAGGAGCAAACGAAAACACUGCUGCGGAGGCUGCCCAGGCCCAGGAGGGAGGAGCUGGGAACACGGGUGAAGCUACGGACGCGGCUCCGGCAGCAGAAGAGAUGGAAGGGCCUUCUGAAGAGCUGUCAAAAUCAGAGGAAUUCCUGAAACACGCGGGGGAGCAGGAUCAGCACCCCAAACAGCUGCUGAUGCCCCCGUUUCUGCAAGACGAUGACCAGCUCGAAGCGGAGGAAGCAGCGGAGGACACGAGUGAGGCUGCGGCGCCUUCGGACGCGGUGGCGCCUUCAGAAGCAGCGGCCGAGGCAGACUCGGAGGAGCCGCCUUCGGUUCCAGAAACUUCCCAGGAGCCAGCAGCAGAAAAUAAAACUGAGGGCUGGGCAGCUAAAGAGGAGGAGAAGGGAGAGGAAAGCGUGAGUGAGGCGGCUCCGGCUGCAUGCAGCGAGCAGGAGGAAGAAGAGGAAGGGGGGGAGGAAGAGGCUCCGCCGGCAGCCACCGAGCCGCAGCAAGAGUAACUGUGAAUGUUUGUGUGAAGGUGAUUGUCCCACGCCCGUGUUAUAACCCCUGGUUUUGGUUUUGUAUUUUUUUUUUCUUCCUCUUCCUGUCUUACUGUGCGCAGCUGGACGCGGCGUUCCGCUCUCAUUCAAGGGGAGGGACCCAGCUUCUCUGCCCUGCGAGCAGGCGUGCGCUCCGCUGUCUUGUUCUGUAGAUUUGCUUAGUUCUGCUCUCUCUGUGCUCUUUUUGGUUUAGGUCGAAGACUGCAGGAAGCUGUACAUUCCCUGAGAGGCAGCACCACCUUUUUUUUCUUUUUUUUUUUUUUUUGAAUUUUAGAAUUGAAAAAGCUGGGUUUGCAGAAUAAAACUGUGAUUAAAUCCUGA